ACAAAAACAAAACUGUAUAUUGGUUUAACUUCUUUUUUAAAACUGUUAAUAGUCUAACCACUAUAUUAAUAAGUGACCUAUAUUUACAGUUUUUUUGGAGUUGCAAAUAAACCUCAAAUUAUUUCUAACACAAAACUAAAAUGCCAAUUUUGCAAAUUGAUACAAAUUUAUCAAUGACUAAUGUGCCAUUUGAUUUUUCGGUCAAAACUUGUGAACUAAUGGCAGAAGUAUUUAAAUCACCACUAAACUUUUGCGUUGUGCACAUAAAUCCUGAUCAAGAGAUAUAUUGGUAUGGGCUAGAUGGCCCAUGUGUCUUAGGAACAUUAAAAAUAGUAAACGGUUCUGGAACAAUCAGCUCUGAACAAAAUAUUGGACAUGCUGAAAAACUUGUUAAACACAUCAGUGAUAAUUUAAAACUACCCAAUAAGAAUAUAUCAAUAUCAUUUGUCGAACAAGAUGCAGAAAAUGUUACAAUAUUUAAUACUACUGUAUCAAACUUUUUACAAAAUAAAAAUUAAAUAUUAUUUACACAGUAUAAA